AUGGGAGGACACGGUCACGAUAACCAUCACCACCACGCCAAUCCUAACGCCAUUUAGGAGACAGAUGAAUCUCUUCCAUUGAGAAUUAGAGAAAUCGAUCUUAUCAAGUACAAUCCAAACCUGUUUUACGUUUCAAUUACUGACUUCCCCAAAGCUUUCGACAUUUUGGGAGGCACAUCAACCUUAGCUUGCGAGGCACUUGGAGGUCUUUUCGGCUACUGGUACUACAGUCAAAAGCUUAGACACACUCCAGCUACUUUCUACGCUAGAAUCAUGCUCAGUUUCUCAAGAAUCUUCCUUGGUGCUUCAGUUGGCUGCUGGGUCGGAUACAUGAAAUUCGGAGAUCGUCAGAGACUUCACAAUGCCUGGGUUUCUGAAAGACUAAGAAGAAGAUACCCAGAUUCACUUGCACUUAACCAACAUGACCUCUGGUAAGUUAAGGGUGUCAGACCAAGCCACCAAUUCUACAAGUGGACAUGA